AUGGUUCCACGCAUGGAACGUCGCGGCAAAUCUAUGGUCUGUCUGGUGCAGGGUGGAUCGAGGAGGUCGGACCCGCCACACAAAAGAGCUGCUAUGGUACGACUCACGAGACUGUACCACGGCUUCGUGGCCGUCACGUUGUCACGGGCUGCCAUUCGGCUAGCGCUGGGUCGGACAAAUCCACAUAUCCACUUUGGCGCGGCCCCAAAAGUCACCAUGACGAUAUCCCGCCAAAACCUACCAAAUCAAUCCAUGCCGCUCGCCUCUCUGCAAUUCGAAAUCGUGCAAUGCAACUAA